CAUUUAAGCAUCUUUUGCUUUGUCUUUUCUAAAUUUUGGUCAUUUCAUAAUGGCAGAUCCCAAAGAGCUGAAGCUUAUUGUGACUGCACUUGCAUCGCCACCGUUCUCCCGCACCUACAGCGCUAUCCAACUCCACGAUGAGCUCCCCAUCCUACAACUCCUUCAACUUGUCAGCGAUGUCAUGGCUGCUAUUGAUGAAGGCAAUCCACAGAGUCUACACAGGGGCGUUGAUAUGCGGAACGAGGAUCCACAGGACAGCGUGGCAAGAAUCAGCGGGUUUUUGCAGUUGUUGAAAUGGAAAGAUGCUGGUGAUGUGGAUACCUUGAGCCAGAAGCUUACAGAGGGACAUCGGCCCACCAUCCUACGAGCGUUACAUUUUCUACUAAAAGAUUUCAAUAUCCACAAGAAGCGAGCCUAUCUCGCGCCAUUCCUUGCUUCUGUGGAUGUGCCUGCAGAGUUUAGCAUGGACGAAGUGACCGCGGAUUUGAUGCGCCACGUGGAAGAUCUCCAAGAGCAGUUUAAAGACAUACACAAAGCUGUGGACGGGAUUCGCGGGUCAGGAACGAAUGCUGCUGUACUGAAGAAAGAAAUUCAGCAACUGGAAGAUGAAAAGCAGCAAGUCCUGAGCAGAAUUUCAAAAAUUCGAAAGAGGGUGGAGGAAAUUCCAUACCACGAACAAUGGUUGGAAGCAGCCAAAAAUCUUCGAACCGAACAGCAAAAUGAGGCUCUUAUUGCCGAACGAAUAAAAGAACAACGAAAUCAAAUUCAUCAAGUCGAAAACAAGUAUAAUACGGCAUUGCAGGCACUCAAGGACAUUCGUUCAGCAGCAGCAAAUGCUAGCCCAGAUCUCCUUUUUUCUAAAAUGGAAGAAGACAAUAAAAUGAAUAAAUAUCUGGCAACGGAAAAUCUGCCAAAGCAACUUCAAGAUGCAAAACAGCACAUUCAACAGCUCAAAAAAGUCCUCUCAGAACCCGCUGUCAGCGAGCGGGAUCUCACUGAGCAUGAGAAAGAGAUCAAGCAGUUGAACGAAGACAUUGCAAAACUUGCCGAGAAGCGAUUGGCGAAAACAACUAAAGGCGACGAUAAAUUAGGCUUGUUCCGACAGCAAGCUGCCAUCAUUGCCCGUAAAAAGGAAGGCACCGCUGCGCGACUUGCUGCUAUCAACGAAGAAAUCAACACCCUCGCAGCUGAGCUCGCAAAGAAAAAGGAGGUGGAAAAGGCCCAAGGUGCAAAGAUGCCCAAAGGAGAGGAAUUCAAACGCUACGUAAGUGAGCUUCGCGCAAAGUCCACUAUAUACAAAAAGAAAAAGGCAGAACUAUCUGCCAUCACGGCCGAGUUUGGUAUACUUCAACGAACAGAAGAGAUCUUAACCUCCCGCCAGAAAACAAUGGAAGACUCACUAACUGCCUUGGAAAAGCGACAUGGCGUCGCUGGAUUUCACAUCGCACAAGAAACUCUGGAAAAGGUCUCUGAACGGAAAGCAGAAAUCGAUGAGGUCAAAGGCAGAACCCUUGAAGAAAUUUCUGGAAUCAUUCAAAAGCUCACAAACAACAUCAACGAGAAGAAAAGCUUUCUGGCACCGAUUAUACAAGAGUUGCGGACCAUGCGAAGCCAAGUACAGGAACUAGAGACUGAGUACGGUGAGAAGAAACGGCUUUACGAUGCGACAAUGGUCGGGUUGGAUAGCGAAGCUGUCCAGCUUGAACAGGAAGUAAAACUUUACCGGCAAGACAUCCUCAACGAUCAAAGCAGGUACCACUACCUCAACAUGCAAAUUGGCCUGGCGGAUAUUACAAAUGAGCGAAUCAUGCAAGAAAUGAAGGCAUACAUAGGCGGCGAUGAGGCGGUAGAACAAGCCCAAAAGGCACGCGGAUUCAAAACGUACCGGGAACUAUACACGAGAAAAUUGUCCGAGCAGGAGAAUCUAGGGAAAUCUUUAAGGGAGCAACAAAAGGAAGUCAAGGCGAAAUACGAACCAAAUGUGAAACAACUUGCAAUGUUCCAAGAUGUUAAAAAACUACUAGCUUUGAAAGCUGCACAGAAUGCAGCCAUGUUAAAGGGAGACCGUAGAAAGGAGGAGAAAGUGGGUCAGGUUACAAAAGAUCGAUUGGUUCUUUGAACCUUCUCGAGCAUGGUUGAUUAGAGGAGCCUUAUUUUGUAUAUAUACAUACUUUAGGAGCAAAAAAGUAAACUGUCAAAAGCAAACGAUAUAUUGUAACAUUCAAUAAUGGCAUUAUAGAGGCGGUCCA